GAUCAUUACAAGUCGAUCAAAAGUAAAGUAAAUAUAGAAGCUGUAUUUGGCCUUAUAGUCUCACUAGUAUACUUUUUUUUCAGCUACAUAUUUACUAAGAGGUCGAAACUAACUGUCAGAAAUGAUUCGUUAGUGAGAUGUUUUCUUUAAACCCUUGCUAUUCUUCAGGAGCUACGAACUGAUCACACGGCCUGCACAUCAUCUGAAUUUUCUGGUCGUUGUAAACACUACCUAGCUAUCGUACACAAUCUAACCGAAUUAUCAGUCUAUCUUAGGAUUUCACUAUCACCAAGAUGACCAUUCUAUUACUUGGUUCGGGAGGCAAGACUGCCAGUCGCAUUGCACCGCUCCUCCACGCUGCCAAGCUCCCAUUUCUUUUGGCCUCACGCCAUAACUCACAAACAAACCCCUAUCCACACGCAUAUUUCGACUGGACGAAAGAUGACAGCUAUGCGAGUCCCUUCGAAAAGGCGCUCAGUACGGGCAUUGGCCCCAUCUCGGCGGCUUAUCUUGUUCCGCCACCCAUUUUUGACUUAGCCCCCCCCAUGAUCAAGUUUGUGGACUUUGCACGCCAGAGGGGUGUCAAGAGGUUCGUCCUCCUUAGUGCAAGUACUAUUGAGAAAGGGGGACCAGCAAUGGGUCAGGUCCAUGCGUAUCUAGAGUCCCUUGGGAGUAUCGAGUAUGCAGUCUUGAGACCGACAUGGUUUAUGGAAAACUUCUCUGCCCCAAACGAGCUUCAACGAGCUGCCAUAGAGCAGGAGAAUCUGGUGUAUUCAGCAACUGGUGAUGGCAAGAUUCCGUUCGUCUCCGCGAACGACAUCGCCCAAGUCGGUUUCCGCGCCUUGACUGACGAAAAGUCACAUAACACCGACCACGUCAUUCUUGGUCCCGAUCUAUUGUCUUACAACCAGGUUGCGGCAAUUCUUACCUCUGUUCUUUACAGGAAGAUCACACAUUUAGAGCUGACCGAGGCUGAGUUAGGGAAGCGGUUGGAGUCCGCGGGUAUUCCUGUAGACGAUGCAAAAAUGCUUGCUGGUAUGGACACUAUCAUUAAGAAUGGCGCCGAGAACAGGCUAAAUGAUGUGGUAGAGGCAGUGACAGGGAGGCCGCCGCAAAACUUUAAUGAUUUUGUUCGGCAAAAGGAUAAUUGGUCUUAGUAAGGUUGAACAUUUGGAUAUUUUCGAUGUAGAUUGUGUUCUAGAUUCCAAAUUCAUAUGCUCCUCAAGAUUAGCUUUGAUGUUAAGAUGUAUAGGCAAACAUCUACAUUCGUUUGUAGGAACCGACUUAUGGCUAGAAUAUGGGUAGGUACCUAAGUAGUCAUGCUAAAGGGGAAAAAUAUAUUGUUGUGAGAUGAGAAUUGU